AUGGCUACGAGGAGACGACUUCCCAACACGGUUGAAAGGCGUCCCUGUCACAGUGUUCUAAAAGAACGCCUUUAUCACAAGUCUGUUGAACUCGAAAAGAAGACCAAUUUCACGCGAAUCGAAAUAGAGGGCUUACUUCGCAUUUUCGACAAGAUUGUCGAAAAGUACAAGUCGCCCAUAAAUCGAAUGAUUUUCAAGGACAUUCUUUUCAACUUCUUCGAUUUCACGAAUGAUGCCAUGAUGGAACGCAUUUUUCAAGCGCUUACCAGCUCGAGUGCCAAUUCCAUGCUUACGUAUGAUGACUGGAUCUACGCACUUAACAUAUUUUUGAGAGGUUCGUUUAUGCAGAUGACGAAUUUUGCUUUUACUGUUUACGAUCACCACAAACGGGGAUUUCUCACCAAGGAGGACAUCCAGUUCUUUCUGCGCGAUGUUCUUAUAGCUAAGUUGCCAGAGGAGGAUGCCGAUGAACUGAAGACAGACAUGGUCGACACGGUACUUAAUCUCUUCGACAAGGACAAGGACGGCUUAAUAAGUCGUAAGGACUUCGUACUCAGUGUAGUUACAGAGCCUCUGCUUAUUGAGGUCUUGGGAGAAUGUUUACCAACGAAUAAGAGUGUGCUGAUUCUGGAGUCCCUGAUCAGACAAAGGUCAACAACUGUCUCGCGGGCACUUCUUUGACUUUAAUGAACUGCGUACGGUGGAAUCCUUUUUAUGUGAGACGUGGAAAUAUGCCCUAUCCCAUUAUUCAGGCCAACUGUCUUUGUCUAAUUAACAAUCCUCAUUAAAGGUGAUUUAACUUUUGAACGAUUUAUCGAAUAAACUUUACUGAUUAUAUAAAUUGUGGUUAAUAGCUGUUUUAAACUUUGUCGUCAACAUCACCGUGUUUAACGAAACAAAUUCGCAAGACAAGGUAAUUUGCGGGUGCGAGCUCUCAUCGAAAAAGGCCCCUCGUUAUAGACGGAAAACACUGACCAUCCCUUUGAUAGGGAAUGGGCAUUGGUUUUACUUUGCUUUGUUCACUAACCCAUUUUUGCAGCUUGUAUAAAAUUUUCUCGACUAUCGUUGGCUCAUAAGCUGUACGUUGCAUCGUCAGGAGUUUCCGGCAUUCGAUUCGUUAGACGAUUGCUCUGAUUGUGGACAUCCGGCACACUUUUUUCAAAGUCUCCCUUCUUGAGAUUUCGACUUAGUUACUAUGUCAGUCCCUCAGACUGGCAGGCGCACGAUCUUUGCCUGAACUUUUUAUCAGACACUGGACUGAUUUUCAAGGGAGAAUCAAUCGGUGUUUAGGUCAGAACCAGGUGCGUUGUUUCGGUUUGUCUCCCCCAGCUGGCCGUUCAUUUCGAAGGUAGUCAUCAUUCACACAUUUCUUUCUUCGACUGACCGAAAUUCGGAUACAGAAAAUCGACUAUGUCUCCAAGAGGUGCGUAAGAACCCUUACCAUUAACAACGCUUUUGCCCCUAAUAGUGAUGGCGAUCAGCAAUUUACUGUUUGUUAUGAAAUCAUGUGUGCCCUUUAAUGUCUAUGAUGAAGAACUCGUCGGUCACGAGCUGAAGAAAGUUUUAUUUUUGGAGGAGAGUUCAUCGUCCACAUCUUUUGGCUGACCCAGCGGUCUGUUUGUUGGUGAAAUAUGACGUCAGAUUGUUUGGUGGUCUCACGUAACGUCUGAGAAUUCCGCUGAGACUGUCUAUUCUAGUAGCCUUCUAGUGAUCCUGUUACUGGACUUGUGACGUUCAUGUCCCUCAGUGAGCUGCCCACAUCUUUUGCAAGCAUUUUAUACCUCCAGUCUGCUUCCACAUAUGGUAUGUGAUAAUAUCGGCUUCACGGGUCUCCCGGAUCCCGAUGUUCUGAUUCCACUUACGUUCACACGGUGCACUGUUUGCGCUCUUUUGCAACGUCGGUGAUUUUCCAUGAUUAUCCCUGAUGGCCUACUAAAGAUCGUUGAUCGUUGGGUUGUUUGCGCAGACAGAAUCUGUAGACUUUAGCUUUGUCAACACUAAGCAAAUGCGGUACUUUACUUCAUUAUCGUCUGUAGGCAUUCCGUUGAUCUCUGUCUCUCCCGCGUCCACUUUUGUCGUUGUUUCGUUUUAUGCUGUAUCAAUUGACGUUUGUCGUUUCCUCUGGGCAUUCGAGGUUUGUCUCAUUGACAUUUCCCAGGAUUUUUUGCACCACUCUAGGGUCUGAUUUUAUCAUGUUCUAUGUGUACUGCUACAAUGCCUGUGAGGAGAUUAAGGUUUUCUUAUGAUCUCAAAACUGCUCGCAAGUUCAGGUACUCAUCACAUGGCCAGAAAUCAAUCCUUUAACUUGUCUGGGGUUCGUGUUCACCGUCUGUAUUGGACGAGGACAAGAUCCAUUUGUAUUAGUCAUCGGUGAUUUUUUCACUAAGCGGAGGACAGAUCAAGUAUUCCCCGAACAGUUUUGUCGUAAAAAAAUAAGCCUAAUGACCCUAUCCUCUAAGUAUACUAUUUUUGUCGGUCGGCAGUGCGCCGACCGCUGAGUGGUCAACGUCACCGCUCCUGAACGUCGGGAACCAUUGUUCGAGUCUCACUCCCUCUCCCUCAUCUGACCCAGAAUUUCUGACUUUGUCUUUCUACCGGUUCGUAACUUGAGCGAAAAAACACUUCGUAUACGAAUUGCAGAGAGCCAUUCAUCCUUCCGCCUGAAAUUCGGAGUGUCUUUAAGAGGCCUAGUUGAUGGAAGCCAACGCGAUACUUCUUCUUUUCCUGAGGGGGGGGCUUUGUGCAGAGUAGCAUAUUCUCCAUUAUGAAGGAAGGAAUUCGAAUACACUCAGACUAGAAAGAGUUCGUACUCGAGCCCUUUGUUUGCAAUCUUCCAAGUGGACUCAGGAGCCAGUUUUACAAAGAUAUCACGUUUCCGGUUUAAAAUGUGUGUUUUAAUUUUAUAGCCUGAUUCACUUAUGGAGUUUAGCCGCUGAGAAUAAAUGUAUCCUGAUAGAUUCACGGUUUACGGGAGUACAAACUUCAUUUGCUGCAAUUAAUAACGAACCAUUUUGGUGGACUUUGUAUCUAAAUAGCUCCCAUGUCCCCGACAUCAGAAUUUUUCCGAAUGUCUACCAAGAAGAAAGAGCUUCUCUAGAAGCUAAACCAUAUUUCUAGGUAAUCACCUUAGCCUUCUAUGUGUUCUUCUCAUCUGUUUUUAAUUCACUGGUGUUUUUCGGUGAGAGGAGGGUAUAUAACUCCCUGGGUAGUUGUUCAAAAAUUCACCUAUUUAUGUCACUUAGGCAGGUGUAGUUCAUAACGGUUUGUCUGACAGUUGGUCGCGAGGGGGUCAUGCGAUACGCGGACUUUCACCUUUGCUAGCGUUAUUGACGCCAGAUUUGCUCGUAUCAGGAUCAAGAAUAGGAUUAGACCUACGGUCAGGCUUGGGAUCGGUGUUAGGUUUUGCGUCCUUCUUGGGGCUAGGUUUUCCAGGCUUGGUUAUGGUUUGGGUUUGGUUUUGAGACGGAUUUUCCAGUUUGACCACAAUAGACCGCAUUACAAGUGCCAAAGGGAUUCUUGUAGACUACUUCUUUUUUAUCCAAAAUAGCCAACCCUACAAUGCGUGGCCGAUCUCAUGAAAUGUUGGCCGAAAUUCUGGGAUGCUUUUCCGAUUUGGAAGGAUUACUUAAGUGGGGUUGUAAUACUGAUUAUUAUGAAGCAUAGCCCUAUGACAUUUCGGACUCAUCAGGAUGUCGGCUACUGAAUGCACUCCUCUAUGACCUCCUGCAGAAACCACAUUCGGUAAAAAAUGACUUCUUAAGUAGCACGCAUUUUUCCUAUUGUUUUUCAAUGUUCUUGUAAAUUUAAAUAUAUUUCAUAGAAAACAUGCACAAAAAUAUGCUUUUUGUGCAUUUAGAAGGAAAUCACAUUAUCUUCAUAUAUUAUGCCCGAAGAAAGUAUGCAUUUAGGUUUUUUAAAAAGUUUCCCAAUUCCCGAAUCAUCUUCAGCCUGAUCUGCCAUUGCAUGCUACAUAAGUUGUCAUUUUUUACCGACUGUGGUUUUUGCAGGAGGUCAUAGAAAAGUGCAUUCAGUAGCCGACAUCCUGAUGAGUCCGAAAUGUCAUAGGGUUAUGCUGCAUGAUAAUCAGUAUUACAACUCCACUUAAGUAAUCCUUCCUAAUCGGAAAAGCAUUCCAGAAUUGUGGCCAACAUUUCAUGAGAUCGGUCACGCACUGUACCCUUAGAGCGUACAAGCUGAUUGCACAGCGUAGUCAUCGGUUUGUGAGACACUUGCAUUUGGUGCGUCCUCAGGUGUCUUUCAAGGAGUUCAGACACAUUUUUAAUGAAAGGAAGCGUUCGCCAAUGUUUUGGUUUUGGCGUCUGAUCGAAACAGUCUAGUUCCUUAUCUCUUUCCUUUUAUUCCUGCUGUCUCAUGCAUCGGCGUACAAAAUCUCUAGGGUAGCCGUUUUGGGAAAAUUGGUUGAAUAGAUAAUUGAGUUCUUCUUUGUACCCUUCGUUCUCAGAGCAGUGUGUCCUUGCUCAGUUAAGUAGGCUGUUAACAGCACUCCGUUUGUGAGCCAUAGAGUGGUUGCUCUCGUAAUGCAGGAUAAUUUCCGCGUAAGUUUCUUUGCGGUAUACUGAUGUCUGGAAUGUCCCGUCAGUUUUUCGCUGUACGAGAACAUCAAGAAAUGGGGGCGUGGUGUCAACUUCUCCUUCGAGCGUGAAGGUGAUUCCCGGUAGUGUUGAGUUGAUAGCGUUAUGCAGUGUUUCUAGCUGACCCCUCUUGACGAUGACAAAGGUGUCAUCUACAUAGCGUACCCAAAAUUUUGGAUUAAUCAACGAUAAGGCCAUAGCCUCUAAUUUUUGCAUUGUGACCUCAGCCAAAAAGCCAUAACUAGGUGACCUCAUGGGAGCUCCUUUCAGCUGUCGAUAAUAUUCAUGUCGAACGAAAAGUUCGUUUUCAGACAUACGUCCAAGAGUUCAAGCAAAGCAGAUGCAGAAAUAUCGAUGUCGUAGGAUUGUAAGAGUUCUCAUGUGCACUGCCUUGCUAAAUCGAGUGGUAUGGACGUGAAUAGGGAGACAACAUCGAAUGACACCACUGCCUUAUCUGUAUCAAUAGUGAGUCCUCCUAAUUUGUCUAGAAGUUCAAUAGAAUUUUUGAUUGAAGUCUCAAAUUCCUCUGUUAAGGAAUGGAGUUUAUGGAAUAGCCAUUUAGAAAUCUUGUAAUUCGGUGCACCGAUUAACGAUACUAUCGGUCGCAAUGGUACGUUGGAUUUGUGAAUUUUCGGUAGCCCAUGGAUUUUGGCGAUUAUUGAUUCAGUUUGUCUUAGGGAUUUCGCAAUUUCUCCUGGUAGUUGUUUCUUUCCUGCAAAACUUUUCAGUACUUUAUCAAUGGAUGCAAUUUGUGUUUUGGUGGGAUUUACGGUGAGAGGCAUAUAAGUUGAACUAUCUUCUAACAAUGAUGGCAUCUUGUUAUUAUAGUCUGCUUUGUUAAAAAUUGCAGUUGAACCUCCUUUGUCUGCAGGAAGAAUUACAAUGUUCUUGCCAGUUUUCAGGGUUUUCAACGCCUUCAUUUUCUCGCCUGACAAAACUGAAAAGUAGUUUCGGUUCUUUAGGGCUUGUACAGUGCUAUUCCGGAUGGUGAAACGUUCAUCAUCUGUGAGAUUUUCUGACGAUAUGAUGGACUUCAAGUUUGCAAGGAAGUCUAAGUAGUUUGAAUCGGAGCGGUCGUAUUUCAUGCCCUUGGAAAGUACAUCUUCUUCGGUUAUUGUAAGGGCUCUUGAUGACAAAUUUACUAUCUUAGCUGGAUGAUUGUGGUUUGCGUAUAUUUGUACAGACAUGGACAUCCACUUCUUGUCUAAAAUACUCUUCUUUUUCUGUCGUUUGAUGUCGGAAACGUAGGUUAUUGUUUCGCAUAGAGAUUAAAGUAAGUGUAGAGGAAGGUUUUCUCGGCAAAAUUGUAUUUACUGUUCUUUAGACAAUCGGAAUUUCUGAAGUCUGUAAUGGGCAUCAGUUAUGAAUGCGGCAAGCAUGCUUCCUCCAUAACGACAUGCAAUUUGAUAUCCUUGAGCUGAUUUUAUAGGAGGCUUCACACUGACAGAUUUUGGAAAUAUCUUCAUUUUUCGGCAUCUUUGUAAAAACGAUAACUGUUCUCGCGUGAAACUUUCGCGAUUUAAAAAGUCAAUUUGGCAAACACGUGUUUUCGGUAACUCUUCAUCAGGCCGAAACGGUUACAUAGAAGUUUAAAUUAUUCGAAUUUACAGGGUUUAUAAGUGAUUCAGGGACUAUUAACACUCAUCGUUCCCACACCACUCGCAUGACGAGGCGUGCUAUGGCGUGAUCGGCAUGUCAUGGUCAUUGGGUCAAGGGGGCGAGGGAGAGGGGGGACAUAGGCUGUGAGCAAUGUUUGUACGUCAGGUAAUUUGUGCACACACCACUGCCAUCAGGAGGUUGGGGCGACGUUAGGGUCGGCGUUGGCCACGGAAGACAGAGCGCCUGUGUCAACGUCGUCUGACAACAUAGCGCUAGAUUGGCUAGCCGUAUAGCCACUGCCUCGGCCGUAGCCAGCACCCGUUGGCGUAGGCCUCUGGAGAAGCUUGCUGGUGUCCGGUAGACAACCUAAAAGGCUUCUUUGGCAUCGACUCGGUGAUUCGUAUCGACAAGAUGUGCGAGAAUAGAACUCCAGAUCGAUUUCUUUUCACCUCUGCCUAGCCAGGCCGGUAUGUGUUCUCGUACUCUCUUUUCCAGGCGCCUCGUUGUACGGCCAAUGUAUCCCGCUCCACAGGAGCAAGUGAAUGAGUAAAUAAAUAUCGAUGUGGCCUGCAACGGGAGUCGGUCUUUACCUCCCAAGCGUAGGAGGGGAGAGUUCGUGCAUCAUACACGUAAGUUCGCAGCGGGAAAGCGCUAGUGAUCGCUGUCUUCAGACGUCUUCUUACUAGGUCACUUACUGCGUCCCCUUGAAAAGGCAGUUUUAUAAAUAAGUCUUUCUUUUCUGCAGUUGCCAUGGUGGGCUUUGUAGUGCGCUCCCCUAUAUUUCGGAGGAUAAAUCUUUCUGGGUAUCCGUGUUCGUGGAGUAUAUCCCGCAGAUGCCGGAGUUCUGCCUCAACAGUCUCAGGAGAGCAGAUACGUCGCACUCUAGCUGCCGAUCCCCGGACCAAAUUGUGUUUAAUAUUUAGGGGAACAAAACUGUGAAGAUUAAUGUAUUGUCCCGUCCAGGUUUUCUUACAGAAUACUCUGCGCUGGAUAGACCCAUCCCCUUGUCUGUGCAGAAGCACAUCGAGGAACGCGAUUUCAUUGUCUGCCUCGAACUCUGCAGAGACCGUUAGCGAGAGGUGUACAUUGUUGAAUUUUUGAAUCAGGGCGUCUGUGUUGGUGGUAGCAUCCGUCAGACAGAAAAUAUCGUCCACGUACCGACCGUAGAAGCUGAGGUCAUUAAUGGUGUCUUGCAAACUUGUCAUCUCGACUUUGCCCAUGAACACAUCUGCGAGGAACGGGCCGAACGGUGAGCCCAUCGCUACACCGUUUAUUUGCCUGUACAGUUGACCAUUGCAAAGAAACUGGACGUUUUGUGUGCACUGUGUCAGUAGUUCUUUUAGUUCUUUUAGUUCGUGUCGCGGAUAACGUCACAAAGGUAGUUUAUUGUUUCGGCUACGGGUACAUUAGUAAACAGUGAUGCUACGUCAAUGAUAGCAUCCUCCGUCCGUCAACGUUGCUAUCCUAGGUCGCCCCGACAACAUCGAAGGAGUCCUUCAGACUUAGGGGGUAUAGAUGACUUUGCAGCUGUUUAAGCUUUUUGGCUAACCAUUUUGCUAUGGUGUGAUAAGGCGAAUUCCUCAUAUCCAGGAUUGGAAGUAGGGGGUAGACCGUGUUUGUGAAUUUUUGGGAGGCCGCACAUUCUGGGUAUGGCCGUGCCCACUGGUCUUAUUCGCUCAUAUUCUUUGUCAGACAAAUGACGUUCUUUUUGAAGAACUUUGAGAACCGCCGUCAGCUUACCUUCAACGGCCUCGAUGCGGUCCCCGUCUUUCUCGGAUUUCGAGAAUUUUAUACUAUCCGACAAGACUGCUUCUAGUUCUGCUACGUACUCUUUUCCAUCCAUCAGUACAACUCCUGAACCCUUAUCCGGCCUGGUUAGCACAAUGUUUUCGUUUUUACGAAGUUCGCUGAGGCUAUCCAAAUGGGCCCUUGUUAAGGGAUCUUUGUUUUUUGGAGCCUUCCUUGAGUACUGUUGACAGAAAUUAGCCAUAGUCGACUUCUCUAGGCCCCCUAGGUUUUAGGUCGGCAGUCUGACUGAAUAGAUUUUCGAAUUGGACCUCUAACUCUAGCUGCUUCGGCAUCCGCCGUCCAUUGCAAAACUUAGAGCCAAGAGAUACUACCUUUAUGAGAGUUUUGUCAAGUUGUACUGAGGAAUAGUUAUGAACGUACCGUUCCGGAUUAUUCAGAAGGGCCGUCUGAGCCUUCACUGGUUGGACACUUCGUAGGAGAUAAGUCCACCUGCCCUCGAUUCUUUUACUUCUGACAGUUUGCACGUAGUUUUCAAAAGCAAGUCUCCAGCAUUUUUCAAGACGGUCCAGGGCCGCUGCUCUCUGGCACAAAUUCCGUUGGAGUUCCUCAAUUCCUGCGCUAACUGCCUCAAGGUGACUUUCCGCAUGUCGUCUUAGUGCGGCUGAGGUAGCGGCAAUAUGGUUUCUUCGUUAGGUUUUCCAAUAGUGUUUCGGAUAUUCACCCCUGUCAAUACAUCCUAAUAAGAAUUUUGUCGUCGCUUGUGCCUCCGCAAGCCUGGUGUCAAAUUUUAAGAAUCUAUUAAGUUCCAUUAACACUGAGGGAUCUUUGGAUUGUGUAAGUUCAGCGAAUAUUCCCAUGUUACAAUUAAAAAUCACGAUUUACGCACUUUUCCCACCGCCUAGCUCGGAGCAAAAUUUCACGAUCGGAAUUCAUACGUAUGUACUGGAAGAUGGGCAUCCCAAGAAACAUAAUCCGAAGAAAAAUGAGUCCUUUGGGAAAAUAUAUACAUACAACAUGCGCACAGGCACACCUGGGGCAGUUGGUCCACCACGGGGUCUACCAGAUGGGUCAGAAGCACUUCAUCCAAAGUAAGUUCAUCAGUACUUCGCCAUCUCUUAUUUUCUGUCGCUGCAGAGCGGGUAUUCACUCAAUCAGGAAUGAGCGCACACCGAUCUAUUGGCUUCCGAAACAAACAAGGUCCAUAUGGGUGGCGAAGGUCACGAGAAAACAACCAAUUACUAGGCCGAAGUCAACCAAGUUACAAUAUCAGCGAGGAGGGAUGACAGAGAAUGGGGUAGAUUUCUGCAGUACUGUUUCGGGCUUAUUUUGCCUUCAUUCAGCCAAUCAUAACUCUGGUCAGCGGCUAGGAUCAGAAAUACAGACAUGCACACAGACACACCUGGCGCAGUUGGUCCACAACUGGGGUCUACCUGAUGGGUCAUGAGCACUUCCUCGAACCAAAGUUCAUCAGUGCUUCGCCACCUCUUGUUCUCUGUCGCUCUAGAUCGAAUUUGUAAUAUAACUUUACCGACUUCGGCCUGAUAACUGGUUUCCCCUCCGUGGCCUUUGCUACCAAUACGGAAAUCGUUUGUUUCGGGAAACUGGUGGGUCGGUGUGCGCCCAUGCCUGGUUGAGUAUAUAUAUAUAUAUAUAUAUAUUGGAAGGUAGGCAUCCCAAGAAAUAUAUGGAUGGAGAAAAGACGACGUUCUUCAGAAUCAAUCGAGUCCUACUAGAGAAUUUUCAAGGUGGUGACAUCUAUCUGUCGUCAAACGAAAUGAAAAGAGAGGAAGUGAAAUUGCAGAAAUAGAUCGAUUGACGCAACAAGACAGACAACAGUUUGACCUUUGAGACCGACGACUUGCACAGUAUCCUCCAUGACGGGGUGAGAGAAGGAACGGUAACUUAUGCGUGAGUUCGUUUAAAGUGAUAGUAGACUUGGGCAGCAUCUAUUGCACUCUUCCUCCCCCACCUGGAGCCGGUAUCAAAACAGAGUCAAAAAUAUCGGAAGCGGGAGAGGUCGCCGGUGGCUGGCACAACGUACAUCGGCCUCCUAGACGUACCACCGCAUUCUCUGAUCCACAACGUGCACUAACCGGGAUUUUGUGCAACAACAAAAUGGGCAGCAGCGCUGAUCCCAGUUGGCGCGGCGUGAGCCUGCAACGGGGCCUGCCAUCACACCCCCAAUGCGGGCAUUUACAAUGGAGGCACCCUCCCAGUAACGCCUGCCGGACUCCGAUCUAAGCCCUGUGUUGGUCUGGCGUAUUUACCGCUUGGCCCGUUUUAGGGGCCAGACUGGAUAAACGACGAAAGACAGACCGCUGGCGUGCGAGGCGGAUGGCAACGGAGUUACAGUGGUUUGCUUAGCCGGAGGAAGGAAGGAAAACGGUUAAGGCUUCCUGUGAUGGAGGAAAGGAAGGAUGGCGUAUCAGUCGAACUGCAGGUGACCGUAUUAGCGACCGCUGACAUGGGAAGAGGGCGAGAGUCGGAGAUUAGUGAACGCAGCUCGUCUUAGUGGACGUCUAGGUCAACAUGGCAGUCGAUGUUGCCCGCCGUGACAUGCCAAGCCUCAGGAAAUUAUCUUCGCUCGUCUUGUAGUGGUCACGGUAGCGACCUUAGUGUCAUCCUAACUGAAUAGGUGGUCUCCAUUUCAUGCGCAUAAACGAGUAACUAGCCGGCACGCCGACAUACAGCUAAUUUCUAUUUGCUAAUACGAAUGUUCAGACGCUGACCCUUACGACCAGUGUACAUGCGAGAGAAAUUAGCGUAUAGGAUGCGAUAGAUUACGUUUGUUUACCGAUCUUUGGGCAUGGGAUCUUUCAUCCAAAAUAAUGCUGCACUCAGCGAUGAUGCUAGCCUGGGACGGUGCGGAUGACAAAUCGGCUUAGCUGCGGGGCGUUCACUUCAGAGGCUCCGUGAAUUAAACGCAGGGAGUAUAAUUUCUAGUCCGUGAUUUUCCAAUUAAGGAUGGGGCCUUGGACUUGUGUCCGAUGCCCGAGGCAGUUCUUCAUAAAACUGACAGGUUAUCCGUUAGAUCUAAGCAACCGAUACAAAUGAGUUAGGUCUUUUCUAAGGCGACCGUCGUUGCUGCAGCAAUGGCAGACCUGACGGAGGAGUGUUCGAACACAGUCUCUUCUUCGAGCUGCAAGAUAUUGUAAAUAGGUGGUCUGAUGAAUAUAACUGUAAUCUUCAGUAGAUCAUCCGCUUUAUGCGCUGAUGGGAGACCAUACGAUUGUGCAGUACGUGGAUUCCAUGGAAGACAUUAGUCAGGGGUCAACUGGACUCAACCUUCAGGGGCGUUAACUCACUGGCCAUUUUUAAUAGCCGAGGCCCCCUUUUUCAUUAUACCUUCGUUUAGCGGGGUGACGACCUCCAAUCAUUGUGGAUAUUGCCCCAGACCCCGGACGCACUAGCAAGACCCCAUCCCGACGACAAAUCGUGGUGCAAAAAUUCUACUCCCUUAGACGUACGAAGCCUCCAAAUCGAUUGUCCUGCAGCUAAAUUUUUCUGAUACCCACAUCAUCCACAAACCCAAGGACAGAGCUAGUGGUACAGCAACUGAAAUGGAGGAGCCAACACAUGAGGUUUGUGCUCAACCUGUGACAAACUCUAUCAUUCAUUUUAGUAACGUGCAUUUUUGCAGCACUUCAGAGCGUUCGUCAAUUAAAAGUUGGUGUGGAAUACUUUCAAAAGCCUGUUUAUAGUCACUGAGGGUGACGUCAACGCUACUUUCCUCCAACAGUGCGCGGGUUCUCUGCUCACUCGAAAACAUUAAGUUGGAAAGUCAAGAACAGUCCUGUCCGAAGUCGUAUUCGGAGCCCUGAGAGUAAGUUGCUCUCCUCCAGAAACGUCAUGGUCGAUUUGUCAGGUUGGACUGAAGGGAUAAGAAUUAUUGACAUUUUUUAGCCCCGCCCCUAUAUAUGGGGUAGACAUUUGCUGCUUCGUAUUCGGAAGAACGAGUUGCCGAGCGCACUACGUAAAAAGACCAAUGAAGAAAUUAUUUCUCGACGAAGCGAAGUGCUCGAGCGGAAAGUGAGUCACGCUGAUGGAGACGGUGUGACUGCUCGAUGGUUAAUGAGCGCUUAGGGGUUUGAGAGAGGGGUGCGUAACAUUCAGGCGGCAACUGGAAGUUCAAAAUCGUCGUCCAUCAAGCCUGAAACACAGCUAAACGAGAGCUCUGAGUUUAAAACUUAGAUAGCGCCCAGGGUUGAAGGUACUGGAAGCAGAAUUUAGAAAACCGUCGUUUUCACUUACCAAAAGUAAAUAAUACAUUUUGAUCCGAAUUUUGGAUAGGUUAUGUUGACUAUGCCAAAACACAUGUGGACCAGCGUAAUUCAUUAGUUAGACUUCAUUCAGGUAUUACUAAAAGGGAUGUCUUAGGGAGAAGGUUAAGCGGACGUUUAAGUAAACAUUCAGCUGACCUAUCUAAAUAUACCACAUUAAUUUUAAAAACCGUGCCAUACAGCGACUAUGAAUUACGGAUGGAGGAAUAGAAAAGGAAGUGAAGGUCAAUAUCUGUCACAAAUAGUUUAUUCCCCGAGAGUUUCGGGCUCUUGCUGAAUCUCAGAAAGGAAAGGGUAAACUCGUUACCUUGUGUACAGGGCAAAUCAGUGCUAGGACUGACGUUCAAUGCAAGCGAAUACUAAUUAAUUGACAUCUUGCUUGUCCUCGGCAAUUGGCAAAUCGUUCUGCCCUUCCUGUUUUAUGAAGAGCUAUUCCUGAGUCUAAUUCGAUUAACACUUUUUAGUAAAGUAAAGUAAAGAGAAGCAGACGAUGGGCGCCCAGACAACGGCCAAAUGAGCAGCAACCCAAAGUCUGGAGGGCCAUUGCUUACGUUAAAGGGGUCUCUGAAGCGGUCUCGCGACUGUUACAACCCACCAGAGUAGGCAUAGCACAUCGACCACAAGCAACAAUUCGACGUCGCCUAAUGCAAUCGCAGGACCCAUUGCCACCCGCUGAAACCUCAGCAGUCAUCUACAAAAUAAAUUGCAAUGAGGGCGACUGCAACUAUGUGGGCGAAACCGGGCGGAAGUUGCAAACUCGCCUACAAAAGCACAAAUCGGCCACUCGGAGGUUAGACCCUAACUCUCAACUAGCAACACACGUUGGAGAAAGAGGGCAUAAUUUUUACCUCCAGAGGGCUACCAUCUUAAGUCGAGGCAACACAAGAGCAGAACGGCUAACUCUCGAGGCGUGGUUCUCCGAUGCCUACUCUAUCAACAGGCAUCUGGACCUUCCUGCAGCUUACAAAGUCCUACGUCAUCACAAUCGUAGAGCUCAGGAUCAAACGACCACACCGGACUUAAGAAGGCCCUACGGAGAUAGCCUGACGUUGAGUUUACUCGGUGAGGAAGAACAAGAACCGCAAGACGGACCGCCCGACAGAGGUUCACUCAGAUCCCCCUCAACGGAGUGGUGACUCACAAAGCACACAGGCAAAACGCCCGUCUACCAUCUCCCGAGAGGCUGAGGCAGCGAGAGGAGAGAGGAAUCGAUCAGCAUAAGGCCGACCAGCACAAUAUGCCACUUUAAAUCAAAUUUCUGAUCGAUUAAGUGCACUUUUCGCUUUGACAAUGAAGAAACGACCCAGCUCUUUGAAACGUCAGCAGUUAAAUAAACCUGUUCCGCAGAGCCUAUUUUCUUCUUCAAAUAAUCUUCCCGGAUCUCUCAACUUUGCAAAUCUGAAAGGAUUAAGUAUAUAUGCGGAGUAAGAAGGUGUUGUUCCGCAGAGUUUUUGGUCGGCACCUCGUUGGCAGGAUGACAUUCGCUGACCCGUACCAUCCCGAGGAGCCGGUACUGCUGAAAUGUCUUCACGGGUUCAUUGUUCUGAACACCCGGCACGUAAUUCUUUAGUGAAAGCAAAGUUCGAUUUUAAAAAAUUUGGCGCGGAGAGCAGUCAGGCAGUAAAAAUGCUCGAAAUAAUGGUAGAUGGAAUGCGUACGUCUGCAAGUGAAGCGGGAGUGUUAAAAUACUGGUGAAUUUGUUAAAUGAGAGUUGUCAGUUUCUUGAACAGCGCAUAUACUUAAUCCAUGCCAGAAAAUUAAUGCCGAAGCUCCAAUGGUAGAUUGUUUACUUUAAUUUACAAAGACAUGACAGUCACGCUACCCGCUUUUGAAAUAUUCGAAAUGGAGACCUCAUUCUUCAUCUGGUUGGCAUUGAUAAGAAAAAGUAAAAUGUUUAACGUAGAAACCUAGAGCCUCGUAUUUAGCUCCCAAAAUAAACUUCGCCAAAUUUGUUUUGGCUUUUGGUAAAUAGAUAGUUAUCAUUAAGGUACCACUAAGGUACGUUCAAGUAAAAGUAUUCCUCCGGCCAGAUCAGCUACUAGACAGAUGACACUGACAUGUGGCGUGCAAUGUAAGUUAUGAAUUAUCGACUGAAGUAAUGCAAUGCUUUCUCAACAAAAAAUAUUACUUAGUUGAGUUUGCAAAAUUGAUUAUUAUGGGGUCUUAACUAAGGCUAGUCUACAUACGACAGAAUGCUGGCUGUUUAAUGGGAACCUUUUCGGUCACUAAAAUGACUUAAAAUCCGAAAAGGUGCAUUUCGUAGUUGAGGCGUGUAUUUACUGCCGACUUUGGCGUUCUUUAUUUCUAUCCGUUGUUACUACAAAAGAAUGAUUGUUAUGAGGGAACUUGCAUUUCCUUAAAAUGUUUCACUUUAUGAAAGUGGAGACUUGACGACCUACAGAAGCAGAGGUAAUAUGAAUCUCAAAGGUUACGCACAAGCGUUGCACAUACAACGAUAGAAUAGAAGCCCUCUGGAUAGUGGAAUAUUAUGUUGAUUUCGGGAUAAAUAAAUGUCUACGGACGAUAGAACAACCGGAAGGCGAGGAGGAUGUAAAAUAAUAGAGAACUUAACAAGACUGAUAGUGAGGGACUCGGCGGCUGCGAAAGGAUAAUAAUUACAUAACCCUGCCGGCACCAGCCUCGGCUGGCCGCGCCUUGGCGCCAUGUCGAGUGGAGACUAUGGAGAGGCUAAAGGUUGCUCUCUGGCGGGGCUAAUGCGUGACAUUGGACACGACAGCCAGGUUUGGCCACACCAUCCGAAAAGAUACGCGGCGAUGCUCCCCAUUCCCCGUUCGUUCCCCUACCCCUUUAUGGCCUCCGUUUCGUACUCUCCAGUGCACCCAUUCUAAACUGUUGGCUAUCGCAGUACGGUUACAUGUGUCAUUGCAUCCUCCUAUUCUCGGUUAAAGCAAAUCAGUGAUAAAAACCCCACGUAAGUGCACAACCGAAAAACCAAGUCAGCGUUCACUCUAUUACACGACGUAGGAAAGUGAACAAAAUGGUUAGAAACGACGGUUUUUUGAGUAUUUGCAAGUGAGAGAAAUCAGUGUAAAAAAAUACAUGCAAGGGUGCAGCUCUUCAUAGUACCUUAAAAAUCUUCUGGACUACUUCCACUGAUUAUUGGCGGUUCCGUGGUAAAACAUAAGUAAUGCGGUCGUCACUGAGGUAAUUAAUAAUAUUAGUAGAAAGAGAAAUGCUAUUCCUAGGUGGCGUGUCAAAAGGCGACUUCGAUCAAGGAAGACGAGAUGCGGGUCUGGCGUCUCGAAUAGUGAACUCGUCUGCCCAUCCUUGACACUGGAAAGUUGCGCACACAGCUCUGUGUACAUAACCUUCUGAAGAGGGUUGCUGUCGGUAUUCUUUUGGCUGCCUGAAGUAUUCGUGGGCCUAGAGAUAAACCCUGAAAGAGAAAAUAAAUGUGGUGGGAAAUUAGUCCAUUCCAAUAGAGAGGACUACCGUGGCAGAACAUGGACUUAAAGGGUUUAUAGUUGUGAUAAUAUGAUCAGAUCAGAUCAGAUGUAGAAUGUCAACACAUAUCUUUACGUGGUCUAGUUAAUCCAAGGUAAUUACUGUUUCCGAAAAGUACCGGAUAUAAUUUCUAUUUUAAGGCAGCUCACUAGAAGGAGCGAGAACUGUGUGGAUUUGGUAAGAUUAAACGCAUACUGUAUAAUCAACCAACUCCAAGGAUAAGCAGAAGUUCGGAAAAUUAAAAUCCGAAUACAAAACAAACGAAAAUGUGGUGUCCAAUCUAACUGAACAAGAACUGAGGGUGUUGAGUUGUGAAGUCAACUUUAAUACGGCGGAUGCUAGACCAGCCGAAUUUUUCGCUACACUUAAGGCCAUGCGAGUAAGAACCAACGCAACCGACGAGGCUAAACACACCGCUCGACAGAAAGUCACCUCCCCGCUAAUGACGAACAGGCCCAUCAAUAAUAUGUCGCCCGCAGAAAUAGAAGCAAUGAAGGAAUUAAAAAUGUACAAAAAUAUAACAAUACUGCCAGCCGACAAAGGAAGAUCAACCGUCGUGAUGAACCGCGUCGAUUACAGCGGAAAGGCACAAGCUCUCCUCGACGGCCAACAGUCCUACAAAUCAACCCACUCUUGUCGAGCCAAAUCGAUGAUCGGUCAAUUAACCGGACUCUUGAAUCGACUCAGGUGCAACGGUGCGAUAUCUCUAGACGAAUGGCGACAGACGAAACCAACGGACACGGCACUGGCCCGACUUUAUGAAUUACCCAAAAUCCACAAGUCUUAUGUUCCACUUCGACAGAUCGUGGCCUUGAAAAGUGGCCUCACUCAUUAUCUAUUCAAAUGGACGGCCCGAGGUCCGAGGAAAAGUUGUCCGAUCUGACCAGAUUAAGGGUUUCUUUUGACGUGGUUUCAUUAUUCACAUCCAUCCCACCGGACCUGGCACUCGAUGUUCUACGCAAACGACUCGAAUGAAACUACUAAAAAACGAACAGACCUCUAAAAAUCGACCAUUUACCGAAACUUUCUGCUUUCUGCCAACGAAACUUUUUCACCUUCAACGACAGAACAUACGAGCGGAUCAAAGGAACACCGACGGGUUCGCCAAUAUUCAACCUGGUUGCGCUAAAAUUUACUGAUGUUUUACUCGAUAUAAUUACGUUUACACAAUUUCUGAACAAUAAAAGGACAUUUCAUUGAAGGAUGUGGGUGAGCGAACAAAACGCGCAACGUUAAAGGCGUCAAGAAAUUCUCCCAUCAGAUUCCGCUAUCAGAUUUCAUGAGAUAGGUCACGUACUGUAGUCUGUAUUGAAAAAGUCGUCCUCGAGCACUAUGAACCUGUGAUUUGACACCAGCACGUAGAUGCACGUUCGUUAUAAUUGAAAGGAGCAGACUAGCCGACUUUUAGGACCUGCUCAACGGCAUAUUCCCCGACAUACAGUCCACAAGGGAAGAAGAGCAUACCCAACAAGUGCCUUUCCUUGACGUUCUCGUCACACGCAAACCCAAUAACGAACUCAGUACCGCAGUGUUUAGAAAGGAGACUAACAGGACUCAGCUUCUCAACUAUAAUAGUAGCCAUCCAAUGGCGCAUAAACGCAGCUGUGUUAUGACAAUCUUCCAAGGGGUAAAACGCACUGCAGUGAGCCAUAGGGAUGAGUACGAUAACUACGGCACCCUCGGGACCAACUAGCAAGGCAUGGAUACCCGAACAGCUUCGUCGACCGCUGCCUCCGCACGCACCCACGCGAAUAAACAGAGGACAACGGCCAAUACUCUGGUACCCCAUACCAUGUAUAAAUAAUGUGUCCGAUGCGAUGGAACGUAUCUCUAGAGAGCCCGGCGUGAGUGUCACUCACCGUCCAAAAGCGAUCAUGCGCAACAAAAUCAUGCAAAUGAAUGACCGGCUAGACGUAGGAGAACAAUUGGAUGUCGUUUGUCAGAUCCCAUGUUUGGGCUGCCCUCGCGCCUAAAAAGGACACAUCGAACGACAGCUUAGUUCGUGAACAACGGAACAUACAUGGGCGGUCCGGAGAGGGCGACCCAUUGUCUCAGGUCGCCACUCACAUCCUGAAGGCCACGAAUUCGACUUCGUAAGAACGCGGAUAGUUGUGCGGGCCAACAAUAAGACAGGGCGAGAACUGCCGGAGGCCUGUGUAUCUGACACCAAAUCCAUCAACAGACGCGUUGAUAUGCCCCUGCUACUACGCACUCCGUUCCCGCGACCAAGAGGCGAGACCCAAUUUCCAGCCAGGGGUACACGCAGUCACGCCGCCGUGAGACGGAGUGGACUCAGCCUUAUCGCGAACACCACUCUUGCAUCGCACUCCCCCCGUCUUCAUGGUUUGACUGCAAAAACUGCUCAUUUUACGCUGCAUUCUCAUAGUUUCUGAAGAUGGACUCCUGUACGAGACCGAAAACUCAGACUAAUACACGUAUUGUCCUAGAGAUCGCGUGUUCACCUUCUUUACAACAUGAACCUGGGAUUUGCAUAUUUGCUUUCAUCCGAAAAAUGAAAGUGUAUUUUAAAAUGUGUGGAUAUUAGCAAACCUUCCGAAAGCCAAUGUGAUCAGCCCUUUAAUUCAACAAAAUUGAAGCUAGCAUACAUCCAUGCCAGAUGCUGUUAUUAGCAUAAGGAGAUUUCCGGCCGUCGACACUUAUGUAGUGUCAAAAAUCAAUAUGCAAAAGUCACGCUUAUUAAGUAGUCAUUUAGUACCGCAUGCAAACUUUUCAGACACUCGGAAAAAAGCGGCCAGGCAGUCCUGCUAGUGGCGGCGAUCUGGCGGCAAUAGACCUUCUCUCUGUGUGUGUGUUGUGCCCCCAAACGGGCCACGUGUUCAAUGCGCUGGACUAACACGGGGGCCACAUCGGAUUCUGGCAGGCGUUAUCUUUGCGCAAUAACAAAUACCAACAUUUACGGGGUGCGCUGGCAGACCCUGUUGCCGGCAGUUGUCGCACAACUGGGACCAUUGCCAUCACCCCAUUGUUUUGUGGUCAAAAUCCUGGUCAUUUGUUGAGUGGACCAGCGGGUGCGGAUUGGAGCGCCAGGGCGAGGAUCCGUCCGAGCCAUCCACCUGCGGCCUCCCUCGUCUCCGACCUUCUUGACUCUGUCGUGACACUGGGCUCAGGCUGGGGAGGAGAGGAGAGUGUGGUAGAUGCAGUGCAAGUCUACCGCCACUAUAAACCCCUGCGCAAGUCAUCGUCCUUGCUCCCACCGCCUGCUUUGGGGCCUACAGUGGACAUCGUAAAAAUCGACGGUCUAACUAUCGCAACGCCGCCGCACAACAGCUUCCAACGUGUCCUCCGUGUCAACGGACAUUCCGGGCUCGAAUCGGACUUGUUGGACAUCUUCGGAUCAAUUGCACCUCUCGGACUGCACCAACCGUCGCCCGGCCACCCGCCUCUCCCUCGUCCUCUCCGCCGCCGACUUCCUCUGACUACUCCACUGCCCCGCCAUCUCUAAUUUCCUCAUCCUCCUCCUCCUCCUCCUCCUCCUCCUCCUCCCACAUUGCCUCAACAACGGCCGCCCAGGUGACUGUCACGCAUGCCACAUCCGACACCAACCCCAUUGCCUCCGACUCCAGCGAUGAGGAUCAGGACUACACCUGUCCUCACUGCGACCGCACCUUCACCUCACACAUCGGCCUGGUCGGUCACUUGCGAAUCCAUCGCACAGAAACUGGCGAACCAGCGUCUGGAGCACCAACCUACACCCACCGCACUCGCCUCCACUGCCCACACUGCCCUCGCAUAUUCACGCAUCGCAUGGGCCUUUUCGGUCACAUGCGCAUCCACGAGAGCGGGAUUGACCGCAAUUCCCAAACACCCACCACAUCCAACACAUCCAACAUUUCCAGCCCUAUCCUCGCUUCAUCGCCCUGCGCGCCGAUCACCAUCACCACCACCGCCUCCUCUGUGGGAAUGGGAAGGGAAAGUGAGGUCGACGACUCAGUGCACUUUCCUCAUCACUAUAAACAAUCUGACGCGCUUGAAGCUGUAGUGACAUUUAAGUCCGUCUUGUUUUAA